AUGCCUCCGCAGCGUCAGCGUGAUCUCGCAGAUGAUCAAUCAUACGAUUCAGAUGCACAGACAAUAGCAGUAUCUGAACCGGAACCCGAGGUCGAGGACAAUCGUCGAGCGACGAGAACUCCUCGAAAAAAUCGACAAUCCAGAUCAACAAAUUUACAAUUAACUAACAAUGAUACUUCGGAUUCUGAUCCUGAGCGGGGGUCAAAAUCAAAGUUGGACAAACCUAAAAGACUGACAUACGAAGAGUUCCAAAACCGUUCUCGAGCUAUCCAUUCCAAAUACCUCAAAGAAAGAGAAGAAUCCCGAUGGUCAAAUCAAUACGAGUAUGGCAGGAGAUUUAUGGCCUUUUGGAGGAAGGUGUGGAGAUGGUGGUUCUUUAGAUGGUUCUUACGGAAAUUUCCAUAUUUACUUGCUUUACUGACUAUUGUGGCUGGAGGAUUGAUAGCGUUGACCGGACCAUGGUUGGAUAUGUGGGCUGUGGAAGUGGAGGGGGUAAAGUAUGGAGCUUGGGGGGGAUGUAAAGAUGGGGGAAAAGGACAAUGCUCAACUCAGAUAUUUUACGACGGACCCAAAGUCGGGAAUUGGUCUUCUAAAACCAUCUCAGUAGUCUUACUGUGCUUCGGUAUAGUGGCACUGCUUCAAUUGCUCUUCCUCCUUUACGCAUUUCUAUUCAUCCGCCACCACUUCGUCCAAUCAUGUUGCACCGAUCCUGAAUCGCUCGACGGUGGUAGUCGAUCGAUACGUGCAAGGGAAAGACGCGCUUCGAAAUGGUUUGAGAGGACUAUGGAUAUGAGUAGUAUAGGAUAUUUGACAUUGUCUUUGGUUCUGGCUGGGUGUGUUAGUGAGAGUGGGGCGGAGGGAGAGACAGGAUGGGAUUUAUCGAUAUGCCUCGCCAUCUCUCCUUUCCUAUGGCUAUUCUUCCGCGUAUUCUACCGAUCCAGAAUUCUAUCUAAAGCUUCGAGGAGAUUCAAGCGAGGGAUGGACGUAGUGAAAAACGGACCUGACUCAUACCCUGACUCGGAGUAUGACGAUGAGAGCGACACAGAGAGCGAAAGUGAUAGUGGGAGAGAUAUAGUGUAUAGUAGGAAGAGUGAUGGGAGGAGGAUUGAGGGACCUAAUGCCAAUAGAAGGAGACUUAGGUAG